AGAAGAAGGAAAAAAAAAAAAAAAAUCGUCGUAAUUUCCGUUGGGAUUUGAGGACGCGGCGCGAAUCAAACACCUCGCGCACAUCUAGAUGACCAUGGAUAAUCCAGAAAUCAUCAUCCUCAGUGAUGAUGAGGAAGAGUUAUGCAGUCAAAAGUGCAAUGAGUCCUCUGUCCUAAUAGUGGAAAUGGAAGAAGAGAAGAUUAUCGAGAAUGUAACUUCUCACAGUCAGUUGGAUGAAGACCUGGUCGUCACCUUCUCCCGGCGUGCUGAGGUACUGCCUCAUGCACGCUAUGAUUGCCCCAUACAUCCUUUCACGGCCACAGAUUGUGAGACCAGCGCUCCAGCGGGCAACAAUGAACUCAUUUGUAAUCAGUGUUUCUGCUACAUCUGUGACAAACUGGCAUCAGCGUGUGCGGUGUGGCAUGCGAAAGGUUUGUGCCACUGCAACAGCCACAAGAGGAGUGACUUCUGGAGCAGCAUCAGAAACAGUGUGGCGCUGGGAUAUCUGGAGACUUUCAACCUCACACUGUCUGAGAUUGACACUCACCUUCGACAUGCAGAAAAGCUGCUUCAGAGAUUCAGAGCAGAGCUUGCAGAGGAGUUCACUUCCUUCACUACAGGAAAGACAGCAGUGGAGUGCGGGCUGAGCCAGUCAUACCAGCAAGGCCCAGUUCAUGAUUAUACCCGGGUGUAUGAGUGUGUGUCAUCGUUCCUGAGCAAAGCAGAUGCACAGGAAGACAGAGCUGCUGCCAUCAUGAAACUGGGAGCUGCCUGUGACUUUAUGUCACACUUUCAUCCUUCAAGUAUUAGGAUGUCUGAGUCUCCCAUCGCCAAUGCUACUGAGGCUAAAGCAAUACUGCUGCAAAGGGUUGUAGCAUCAGUGCAGAAACAGAUGGUGAUGGCUGAUUUUACGCCUGGGUUUAUGUGCAAACUGCAGCAUUUUUACCAGAGAAUCCCUCUGCCCCCUACACUGAAGAACAUGAGGAACAGCCUGUGUGUGCGUCCUUGGGAUGACGUGCUGCUGGUGUCUGUGCUGAGGGGGCAGAAUGUGACGGGGGUUCGCAAGGACAAAGGCAAAAAGGACGUCCUGAUUGAGCAGAUUUCUGUGGUCCUUUUGAGGACAGAGUUUCUGCAGCGCCAGCGCAGGUACAGAGAGUUGGGUCGCUACCUCAAAGUGGUCCAGAGUUACGAUUCCAAAGUUUUCAAGGAGGUGCGAGAUCUCAUCCCACUCUUCCUGUGCAAGGCAGGAGACUUUUCUGGCGCUCUGAACAGAUUGUCUCUUGGGUCGAAGGGCCCUGUGUCCCGCUUCUCCCCGCACCUGUUCCUCCUCUAUCUCAGUAUCUUUGACACAGCAACCGCACCCAUGGUAACAAUUGAUCAAGACGCACAGCUCAUCUCUCUUGAUGCAACGUGGGAGCCAAUCAAAGAUGCUGUGCCAUUGAAGCGUUUUGAGCUUGUGAGGUUUGCUCUCGGGGUUCAGAGGUGCUGCUCUGCUGUGUACCAUGAUUCGCAGUGUUGGGCCCAUUUACUCACCAUGGUCAACACACCCCAUGGCUCACUCACCACCAUGCCUGAACCAAAUGCUACAUUCCUACAGGAAGCAAGAAAUGUUGUGAGGUUGAUACUGCACGACCAGGACGGCUCCAGCAUACAGAUUCCCAAAUUCUUUCACAGCGUGUAUCCAGAUCAGGCUUUGUUGCUACUGGUGACAGAGGCUCUGGUUUUGCGUCUCCACAGCGCUCCCCUAAGCCCUGUGUUGCCUUUGCUCAACACCCUAAAGAAACACGAGUGGGCCCUUGAGUGGCUGUGGAAAGGUCUUUCUCUAGGUAGCUUCUAUUCCCUCCUGGAGCAAGUCACACGGGAGCUGGAGGGCACACAAGGUCAGGAUACCUUACUCUUCCCUCGCUUCAUCUCCCUCUCUCUACCCAACCCCUCCUCCUCACCAGAGAUGUUGGACCACACCUACUGCAGUCCAGUAGUGGUUAAGCAUAAUCCUCCCAAAGCAAAGACGCCGCCUCAGUUGCACCUACCUGACAGUCUGUUGGAUUGUUAGCACUGUGGAUCUGCAUUUGCACCUGAACUGGCCAAAUGGCCACUGGACGUCCUGAAAAACUCUGGUCACAUCGUAACAGAGCCCAUUCUUGAGGCUGUUAAGACAUGAUCUGUGGGACGUCCUGUUUAUAACUACAAUGGCUGCUACACAAUCCCUCUCUCUUCUGUAAUGUACAUCACUGCUGGACAAGUCCCAGGGUUUAGGAGGAGUGGAGAGCUGUGUCUCAGCAAGAGUGUGUUGGAGGAGCUUUAACGCAGACAGGAUGUAUGUCUGCCUACAUGGACAAGGAUGUGGGAUGCUGGAGCUUAAACCAGACAGUUAACUGCCUUUUUUGCUUUCUUGAGGAUGUGGGAUGCUGGAGCUUAAACCAGACAGUUAACUGCCUUUUUUGCUUUCUUGACUUGAAAUAAUAGUUUCUUUAAUUCACUAAUGAGGGAUAAACUGAAUGUUAAGAUGGAAGGUUUUAACUGUGAGCAGUCUGUUUUGAUAUUUUGUCAUUUAUAUUGAAAUAUGAUGAUAUAUCACUGCUCUGGAAAGAUUUGGUUGAAUUUAGGUUUGCUGUUAGGCUUCAUAAAAGGUAAAUGUAUUCUGUGAGGAAAUAAAUGGAGAAAUAAACUGUA